AUGCAGUUGCGAGAGAAACAAUUGCGCCGGCUCGUCGAGAAGGCCUUCCCGAACAUUGAGCACUUCCACUCGAAAGUGACUGUCGACUUUGAGAAAUUGGAAAACGCCAAGAGUUUCUGGUCGGAAAUCUUCCUGGCACGACUGAGAAUCAAGCACGGAUCGGAGGAUGUGCAUGCACUUCCGGACACUGUCUUCAUAAAGGUACGCGGGGGAGUUUGCAGUGGAAAUUGAGAAGAAUAGAAAGUUCAGAUACCGAGAAUCAGUGAAAACGUGCUGAGAUGCGAAGAUGGAAGCGCCGUCGAUCAACUUCAGCAGACUUUGGACUACUAUUCCAGAGUAUGUACUUGGACUUUUCCUGUGAAAAGUGUAAUAAAGGACGCUAUGGUCACCAGCCUCGAUUAAGCUACAGAGUUUUAAUGCAAAAAUGGAAACGGAAAGCGUUGAAUUCCAUUUUGGUUUCAGAAAGAAAACCUCUUCUACAAGCACUUUGCACACGGCUCCAUCGCGAAUUUCCCCUUUCCGAAGGUCUAUUACACCGAGGACAUUGACGGAGAAGCGACGGGCGGUCUGGUGGCCGAGAAUCUGAGUGCCGAGGUGUUCGCGGUCGAGCACAUUCCCGGACUGAACGGGCAACAAGUGAACAGACUCGUCGAGGCGCUGGCCGGCUUCCACGCGCAUUUGAUGAAGAGGGACGACAAGGAGUACGUGACGGACUUUGAGGAAGGAGCACACGGCAGGGAGGUCUUCGCGGAGGGAAUGCAGAAUAUGAUGGUGCGUUGAAACUAUUUGGAAAGAUGUUGAAACAGUCAUUUCAAAUUUCAGUUCGAAGAGGCACUGAGACUGGAGACUGUCGAUCCGCAAAUAUUUGGAAACGGAAGAAUCCAGAAGAUCGGCUGGUCUUUUGACUAUGAGAACAAGAAUAAGGCACUCGCGGAGGCCAUUCGAGGUGGAGUUAGACCCCUUACGACUCCAACGUUCUGCUUCUUCCAGCCAUCCCGGGAAUCCUGGCUCACGCGGACCUGAACGUGACGAACAUUCUGUGGCAAAAGGACUCGCCGACGGAUGCGAUCCGCGCGGUCAUCGACUUUCAAAUGGUCCUCGUCGGCUCGGUCGCCCACGAUAUCAUUCGAAUUCUGACGCUCGGAUUGGGUAGAGAAGAGAGGAGACGGACGAGCCGAGGGUAUUUGGAACACUAUCAUCGGACUCUCGCAGGCUUCUUCGACGGAAAACCGCCGUUCUCCCUUGAUGAGGUGAGUGCAUUUGAUAUCAAAAAGUUGUCAAUUGACAAAAUUUGCACAACUUUUCGAUAUCCCCACUAACAACUGAAAUAUAAAGUCUAUCGUGAAAACAAUCAAUAAUGUUUUCAGUUUUCAAAUUUCAAAUUUUCGUCUGAAAAACGCACAGAAAAACUGUUCUCAUUUUCUGUAUUGGAAACUUUCUUGAUUAUCAGAAAAUUUUUUGUUCAUGCGAACAUUAAUUAGCUGGAAGCUGUCCUACGAUAGAAAUAGGGAAAUUCUGAAACAGAAAAGUUGAAGACACAAUUGUCUAUUGAUUUGCAGCUGCACCACGAGUACAACCACUAUUUCCCGUUCUCCUCGAACUUUGCCCUCUUCGGAAUCUCUCUGUACAUCAAAAUGUACGCGGACGGCACGCUCGGAACUGCCGAUUCCCGACAGGCGAACUGCGACGAACUCGUCGACAGAGCCCGCGGAAUUGUGGAAGACAUCGAGGCGCUGAAGCAAUAG